GCUGCGUGCUCGCGCACUCCGGCACCGGGCAGCAGGGAUGCUGAGAUAAACACCGGUUUAUUGGAUGGAAAACGAAAAUGGAGUCGAGGAUUAUUAUUAAGUGUAGGCGAGUUUUAUGUUAAUUUACCUGCCUGUAGUGACGCUGAAGCGACUGACCACUCUGACUGGAUGUAUAUUGACUCAGCUGUGGGGUGAAAAUUAACGGAAAUGGAGGUUUUUGUGUGGAUUUCGGUGUUAAUGGCGGUCACUGGAGCGAGCUAUUCAGCCGAUGAGUGCAGCUGGAGGGGAAGUGGUCUCUCUCGACCGGAGCAAGGUGUCGAACAGGUGUUCCUGCGCUGCGCUGAAGGCUCCGUCGAGUUCCUGUACCCCACCGGAGCCCUGCGUCUCACUCUCUUGCCCCGCCUACCCGGACGCAGAGUGGGCGGGGCCAGUGGGACGCCCUCGUCUGUCUGCGUCAAGCCGGAGCCUCAGUGGGGCGGAGCCCAGCUUUACCUGGAAAGAGGCGGAGUCCUGGAGCUACUAGUGAGCGACACACCUGGUCCCUCCCACAUUCGCUGUUUCAGCAUCACUCCUGGGGAAAGCCCCGCCCUGUUCCUGCAGGCCACGCCCCACAGCGACAUCAGCAGGCGCAUCGCGGCGUUCCGCUACGAGCUGAGAGGGGAUCGGACCGCGCGGAUAUCCGCCGACUCUGUGGACGCUGACGUGGAUACGGAAGAAGGUGCGUGCAGGCCGUGUAACGACACAGAGAUGCUGAUGGCCGUGUGCACCAGUGACUUCGUGGUGCGUGGGAAUAUCCGUGCGGUGGAAGCGGACUCGGAGCAGCGCGUGUCGGUGAUCAGGGUGAGCGCGACGCGUGUGUACCGUCAGAAGUGGCCUCUGUUCUCCAGCGUGGGCCGCCUCACUCACUCAGGAGAGAUCCGCACGCUGUUUCGCUGCGGCGUCCGCGCCGGCUCCGGAAGCUUCCUGUUCACCGGACACGCCCACUUUGGGGAGGCCUGGCUCACCUGCGCUCCCAGGUACAAGGACUUCCUGAGAGUGUACGAGCACGCCAGGCAGGACCUGCAGAUCCCCUGCACCCUCGACACCUGACACACUGAUACAGGCAGGGCGAGAGAGGAAGACAGGACAACGCCGUCUCCGUGGAGAUAAAGAGAGAGACAUCAGUCCUCAUGGAGAGAGAGACACACACAGCAAGUUGGAAGUAUGAGAGAGAGAGGGGGAGAGAGAGACAUUGUGUUACUUAGACAGAAACGUGUGUGUCUCAGACUAACUAAGACAGACAGACAGACAGUUAAAGUGAUAUGUGUGUAACUUCCAGUUUAGAGGUCGUGACCUUUAGGCCGCGUGUGUGUCUCUCCGUGAAGACGUGCAGCGAGACGUGACGCCUCAGGACUCGGACACAUAAGCUAUAAGCGAAGAACGUGUAGCGUGACGCGCUCGUCAGUAUUCACACCACUCACGGGUUAAAUAUAUAAAAUAUAACUUUGCACUGAGGAUGAGGAGGGAGCUGAAACCAAAUGAAAGCAGAUCAUAUGUAGCACACACACACACACACACACCACACACACACACACACACACACACACUGGCUUGAUCAUCGAUCACCUGAUCUAAUCAGCAUCCUAAACUCGACCGCGCUGUCGAAGCACUUUCACUGCACCUCCGUUACAGUCAUACAAUUUAAAUACCUUUAUUAGAGUUUUUUUUUUUUUUUUUUUUUUAAAUUGAAACUGAGCAGAUGUUUAUUUUUAUUCUUCUUUGGGGAAAAAAAGCUGGAUUUUAUUUACUUGACAUUGCUACAAAAAAAAAAAAUAAUCCGAUAAUCCGAUAUAUAUAAUAUGAUACAUCACGAUAUUCAUCUCAGUGUUCAGUUCAGAUGGUCACGGAUAUUGUCUUUGUGUGUGUGUGUGUGUGAUGUUUAAAUGUUUAUGGUUGUGCACUAUACCAGCGGAGAGAGAAACCAAACAGAACUCUGAGCCGCGUCUUACUGCCUCACUGUGUGUGUGUGUGUGUGUGUGUGUGUGUGUGUGUGUGUGUGUGUGUGUGAGUGAAUAUUGUUGUAAAUAAGAUGUUUUAGAAGAGAGAAUAUUGUGAAUAUGUGAACCAUGUGACUGUGAUUAAACAUAUUUACAUGAAUGAA